CGAAUUGAAACGGGCAAAUGAUUGAUAGUUGACAGAAAACUAAGGUGUAAAUUAAAUCUGUCUUCAAAUUUAAUGUUCAUCAUCGAACUGUUGUUCGAGGAAUAAGCGCAUCAGAAUGCGUGAGUAUUUUGACGAGAUCGAAAUCACGAAUGUUUGACUAACCAAUCACACAUGAGACACGUUAAAUCAAGCAUGCAGACCAGUGACCAAAUACAAUACAGAUACCAGACACAAGCAAGCAGACACAAGCAAGCAGACACAACUAAGCAAACACAACUGACAUUCCAUACUACACACCACACACCACAAACCAACAAGCAUUACCUGACUGUCUACUAAAUCACCAACAAGCUAACAACAGUCAACCAAUAGUAAUUCAGUGCAUAGGAUAUACGAUUGGUGGUAGAAAAUUCUCAACAUGUCACCUGUCUGUCUCACACCCUCAUUCAAAAUAUUAUUUCUCUUCAUUUCACAACCACAAAACAGGUUGCUUGAUUAUGAUCAGUACAGCUCGGAAGUCAGCUAGUGCAUCAAGACCACCAUCAACACCAACACUAACACCGUCGAAACAGACCACAGUCACACGAUACACAACUGAGGAGUCGAGUGAAUUAACCGAAUUGGUAUUGAGAUAUCGGGAUGUUUGGAAAGACAAGAGUCGUCCAUCUGCAGUUCUUCAGAAACAAUUGUGGAUGCAAUUCGCACGUUACCUACACUCGAAGGGAUGGCCGAGAAGAAACUGGACUCAUCUGCGUCGAAAGGGUCUGCACAUGCUGAAGAAACUCGAUAACACGACAAUCAAUCAGUGGGAGGUGUCGAAAAACAAUCCCGAUUCACCUGAAAAUCCCUCCAACCACACGUCACUCUCCAGUUCCAAUGAAAAUCGACACAUGAACGUGAACGGACAAAGUGAUUCGGUGACCGAGAAUCAGUCGAGUGUGCAUCAAAUCAACUUGCCUACACUCACCCCCUCACCAGUGGUAACCAUCACCUCCAAACAUCCCAUAUCAACACCCAGUCCUCCUACAAACCAUGUGCAACCGAAUCCUCCACACACAACUGGUCCAAAAAUCUUGAACGCAUUCUCAACAGCUCACAUGUCUCAACAACUGGUGAUUCCACAUGAUGCCGGAGUGCUGCAACCAACCACCACCACCAUCAACAACAACAACACGGUUGGUGAGGUGGCGAUUAACCCUAACCGAGUCGCGUUACUGACUCCUCUCCAAUGUGUCUCGUUCGGAGUCGCGAAAACCCAUACUGCAGACGUAUCUCCUAUUCAAGAAGUGAAUAUCUCGAACUCACCAUCCAACCAAACGAGUCGCAUUCCUCUGACUGCAACAAUUGAUUUAUCAACGUGGAGUGAGGACGAGGAGAGCUGUUCAGAGUUGAGUGGAACGCGAAAUCAGGCGAACACGAAUGACGUGAAUGAUUUUGGUGAAAAUGCCAAGGAUUGUAUCACAUCCGAAUGUGACAGAACCCCAUUGUCAGAGAUGUUGAUUCACAAGCAAAUGAAGUGUCUAGAUCUGAAGAUUGAAAUUCUCCAGAUGAAGAAGCAAUAUUGGUCCGAGAAACUGAAUUCAUCAUCGAAAAGCUGA